AGUGACUAUAACUGAGAGACAAAAUGGAGCAGAAAGAAGAUCAGCUGGGCAGAGAAAGCUUCUCCUGUUCCAUCUGUCUGGACAUAUUCAGGGAUCCGGUGACGAUUCCCUGUGGACACAGCUACUGUAUGAACUGCAUCAAAAAUCUCUGGGACCAAGAGGAUAAGAGAGGAAUCCACAGCUGCCCUCAGUGCAGGAAGACAUUUACACCGAGACCUGAUCUUGGGAAGAACAUCACGUUAGCAGCUUUAGUGGAGCAGCUGCAGAAGACUGGACUGCAAGCUGCUCCUGCUGAUCACCGCUAUGCUGGACCUGAAGAUGUGGCCUGUGAUUUCUGUACUGGAAGAAAACUGAAAGCCAUCAAGUCCUGUUUAGUCUGUCUGGCCUCUUACUGUGAGAAACACAUUCAGGCUCAUUUUGAUGAGCCUCAAUUAAGGAAUCACAGGCUGGUGGAGCCGUCCAAGAACCUCCAGGAGAACAUCUGCUCUGUGGAUGAACAUAAAGGCCAUGACACAGUGUCAGCUGCAGCAGAAAGGACUGAGAGGCAGAGAGAGCUGGAGGAGAGACGAGGAAACAUCCAGCAGAGAAUCCAGGACAGAGAGAAAGAUGUGAAGCUGCUUCAACAGGAGGUGGAGGCCAUCAAUCACUCUGCUGAUAAAACAGUGGAGGACAGUGAGAAGAUCUUCACUGAGCUGAUCCGUCUCCUCCAGAAAAGAAGCUCUGAUGUGAAGCAGCAGAUAAGAUCCCAGCAGGAAACUGAAGAGAGUCGAGUCAAAGAUGUUCAGGAGAAGCUGGAGCAGGAGAUCACUGAGCUGAAGAGGAAAGACGCUGAGCUGGAGCAGCUCUCACACACAGAGGAUCACAACCAGUUUCUCCUCAACUACCCCUCACUGCCAGCACUCAGUGAGUCGACACACUCAUCCAGCAUCAACAUCCGUCCUCUGAGACACUUUGAGGACGUGACAGCAGCUGUGUCAGAGCUCAGAGAGAAACUACAGGACGUCCUGAGAGACUCAUGGACAAACAUCUCACUGAUGGUCACUGGGGUGGAUGUUCUACUGUCAGAACCAGAACCAAAGACCAGAGCUGAAUUCUUAAGAUAUUCACGUGAAAUCACUCUGGAUCCAAACACGGCACAAAAAUACCUGAUUCUAUCAGAAAACAACAGGAAGGCAACCGUGAUGGACCAACCUCAGUCUUAUUCCAGUCAUCCAGACAGAUUCACUGAUUACUGUCAGGUUCUGAGUAGAGAGAGUCUGACUGGACGUUGUUACUGGGAGGUGGAGUGGAGAGAAACUCAUGUUUACAUAGCGGUUACAUACAAGAACAUCAUCAGAGCAGGCAAAGGCUGUGAGUGUAAUUUUGCACGUAAUGACAGAUCUUGGGCUUUAGAUUGUUCUCAGGAUGGUUUUACCUUUUGGCACAACAACAUCUCAACCUCCAUCUCAGGUCCAGGUUCCUCCAGAGUCGGAGUGUACCUGGACCACAGAGCAGGUAUUCUGUCCUUCUACAGCGUCUCUGAAUCCAUGACUCUGAUCCACAGAGUCCAGACCAGAUUCACUCAGCCGCUUCACGCUGGCUUUAGGUUUUAUUACAGUGGACACAGAGCGGAGUUCUGCAAGCUUAGAAAGAAUGAACUCUUGUCUUGAUCUUUUAUUCUCUGUGAUUUUUUUAUUCAUUCCUGGUGUUUCAUCUCUUACCUGUGACCUUUUUCACUGAAAUAGUUUAUCAUCAUUAUAAGUAGCUGACGAAGUGAAACCAGCUCUUUGAUUCUGUCCUGUUUUGAUCAAAUGUUGUUGACAAAAGUCAACAUAUAUAGUGGUAUUAUUGACAUUGUUUUCAUACGUUGUUGAAUUUUAGAAUAUUAAAUUUGAGCAUACAUUUAUAUACAUCAAUACUG